AUGGCGGUCGCGCCCUCCUUGCAGUGCAUGCCUACACAGGGCGAAGCAGACCAUCUCCAGCUGCGGCCGAGCAGCUUCCGAGCCCAGGCGGCUUGCGCUUUCAAACCCGGGUGCCGUCCCCAACAAACGCGGCAGCUGGCCACGCCGGAGCAGCGUCGCCGGACCGAUCACGACAGCGGCCACAAGGACUACAAGGGCCAAAAGUUAGCAGAACAGAUUUUUCAAGGAAUCAUUCUCGUCUCUGCAGUAAUUGGUUUCAUCUACGGAUACAUCACUGAGCAGUUUGGAUGGACUGUCUAUAUAGUUAUGGCUGGUUUUGCUUUAUCGUGUCUGCUAACCCUCCCUCCAUGGCCCAUGUACCGCCGCAAUCCUCUCAAGUGGCUACCUGUCCAAGAUUCGGGAACAGAAGAUAAGAAGCCAGCAGACAGAAAGCCAAAGAGACAUACUAAAAGCUAAAGAACGUGUUUUUCAUGAUGUUACAUCGUAGCAUUUAGCUUUAUUAAAUUUUUAAUACCUUUGGACUGGGA